GACAGGUGAACCCAUAACAGUGCACUUUAACAGGUGAACCUUUUAACAGACAGUGUACUUUGACAGAUGAACUCGAGACCGAGACAGUGUAUUGUAAAAUAUGAACCUGGGACAGUGUACGUUAACAGGUGAACCGUUUAGCAGACUGUACUUAAACAGAUGAACCUUUUAACAGUGCACUUUAACAGCCGAACCCUUUAACACACAGCGUACUUUAACAUAUGAAGCUGAGACAGUGUAUUUUAACUGAUGGACCAUUCAACAGGCAGUGUACUUUAUAAACUAGAGUAUCCAAUAUUUUAACAUUGGAUCAGUACACUUUGAAAGUAAACAAUAUCCAGUCUAAACAAGGUGAUGCGUUCAGAAUCUAACAAUAUGACAAGCGGUUUAGGUAUAGGAUUUAACAGUGGCGAAAACGGAGAACUUACCAUGUGGAAUUUAGCAGGCCUCGAGACACCAGAUUUUAAUGCCAGAAAGCGAGGCAUUAAGCGAGACAAUCCCAGCUCACCCUCCGAUUCGGGCAGCUCGACAAACGAAACAGUUGAAGAUCCCAGCGAAAAGAAGCCCAGAAACAGUAAAAAGUCCGUUAGACGGAGAAAGUGCAGUGCUCGGGAACGUAACAUGCGGCGUCUUGAGAGUAACGAGCGAGAAAGGAUGAGAAUGCAUUCGUUAAAUGACGCUUUCCAGGGCCUUCGUGAGGUUAUACCACACGUGAACCUGGAUAGAAAACUUUCAAAAAUAGAAACCUUGGCUCUUGCCAAGAACUACAUCAAAGCUUUGACAAAUGUGGUGUGUGAAAUGCGCGGUGAAUUUUGUCCGUAUAAAUUUGAGACGCCCGACUCUCCCUGCAAGGAUGAAGAGGAAGAGGAGGAAGACAAGGAUAUCAAUGGAAAUAAAAACGCCUCAAAUAUUGACUCUCAUAUAGGUAACCUUCCCCACGAUUUUAAUGAACUAGCCGGGGACGACGAAUUAUCAAUCGACCAAAUAGAACCCAUGCAAGCAUCUCAAUUUUUAGAUGACACAAGUCUGUAUUAAAUUGGAUCCGAAACAUAAAAAACGAUGAGUUGUAACAACCGAUUACAUGCAGAUGGUCCCUAUUUUUUUUUUCUUCGUGAAAAAUGUUGACACAUAAAAAAUACAUUUCUAGAAUCUAUACAAGAUUCAAACAAUGAAUACCGCAAACUAUCUGAACCAAACUUCCCAAUUAUGUCUAUAAUCAUUCCGGUUUUUGGGACCCAAGGGAAAACAAAUUGACAAAGAGUUCAUUGGAUUGUGUUGUCUCAAAGAUUCAUCAAAAUAGUUUUACUUCCAACAUUGACUGUGUGUGAAUGCCAAGAAGCUCGAAAACUUCUAGAAUGAAAGUGCGCGUUUAAUUCACCUUAUGAUGAUAACGACGCAUAGAAAAAUUGAAUACACCUUCAUAAAGAUUAAUUAAACCCAUAUUGUGUUGCUAUAUAAACAAAAAACGGACGCUUAGUUGUGACAUCGGAAGCGCUGUGAGUUAUCCGCCCCUGGUUGAACUGAAGACAUGGACAGCACUGCGAAACAUAAUGUUAUCUUCCAAUAUGAAGUGAUUUUAAACAAAUAGAAUAAUUGUUGUGUAACUAUGUAUAUUGAAUAUAAGUGCUUUGAGUGGGAAAUCGGUUAUCAUCGUAUAUCAUCUGUUACUUUGUCCCCUAUUUCAUUUUGACUAUAUGAUUCAUCCAUUGGAACAUGGCAACAUCAUUCAAAUUAUUUUUGUAAAAGAGAUAUAUUUAUGUCGAACUGCCAUGCACUUCAACCAAUUAUUUUUUUUGCCGAGAAUAUUUGCAUAAAACAAAUCUAUGGACGGAAAAUUCUAUUGUAUUUUCAAAUCACAUAUAUUAUUUAUUUAGAGAGAAUCAUUAUUAUUCAUUGUUGGACAAUUGCUCCGUAUUACUAUAUAUAUAUAUAUAUAUAUAAUAUUAUAUUCAUAUAUCUAUAUGUUUUUUUUCUUGCAUGACGUGGAUGGGUUCAAUACUAUCUCAUUUUUGGUAAUGGAAAAAUGGCAUCAUAUGAUACAUGUAAAUAGUAAUUAGCAAUAUAUUCUGUUUCACUGACGGUACAAUGAAAAGGUUACAUACACAAAAAACAAAUCUGUAGUUGAAAACUACGGGGAGAUUCGAGUUCAUUUAAACUGUAUAUAGAUUGGCCAUUGUCUGAUAUAUGAGGAUGUGUGAUUUAUCGUGUAUACGUAGGUAGCCUUGCUUGGGACGUUUUUGUCCCAGGGGCUGUGUUAUUUUGGAGAAGGUUAUUUAUCAAUUAUUGGAACACAAAGAGAUAUACAGAUAUUUUGUCGCACUGGGUAAAUCUAAUAAAAUUUCGACAUAAAGAUAUAUUUUGAAUGUAUAUGUCGCCGUUUUAGACUGUAGAUGUAAUUAUGUUUUUUUUUCGUAAUGAAUAAAUGUAUGUUGUAAAUGUGCUGAGUGACAAAAUAGACGAUUUAUGUUCUCUUGAAAUUCCAAGAACUGACAUGAGAUAAAUGGAACAGAAUAAUUCAAAUCUCUAAUGUUAACUUCAAGCCUUUUCAUUGUAUCGAGUUUUUUUGUUCAAUAUAUUAUAGAGUUUAUUUAGUUGACAAAUCUAUUAUCAGUUUUCUCUUUAGUAGAGAAAUUUAGAAAUACCCAUUGUAUUUUUUAGUCUCUAUUCAUUUUGAUGAUGAUAAUAAUUAAUAAUCAUUUCGCAUAAUGUUCAAAUUAAUGUUAUACAUCAUUUACACAUUCACUGCUCGGUGCUCAUUAUUAAUUAACAUGAUAUGUAAUGAUUAUAUAAAUAACAGAUUAUUGCUCCUGGCUAAUUACCUUCCUCUAAACUUAAACAUGACUGCCUUUGUAACAGGCUUACUAAUAUUUCUUUUCAUUAAAUAGCUUUGUUAGCUCCCUGAACAACUUUAUAUUAAUUAAUAGUGUAUUGUUCGAUUUUUCUGAUUUCUCAGACUGAAAUUGUCAUAGAAAAGCCCCCUUUGAUCACGUUUAGUUCACUGUCAUAACCUAGGCCACAGGGCAGUAUUAAAGGACUUAGUCUCAAAUCUUAGCUAAAAUCCCGCCAUCCCAUACAGUAAAUAUGUUGAGUUACAUGCAUGGAUUACGUUGAGUUGAAUUACUUUAUUUGACAAGAAACGGGACAUUUGUUGCCUGUAUUAUAACAAUUAUUAAAUAAUUGCGCAUGCGUAAAUGUAUGAAUAGUUUCGUACUCAUAUUUUAAGGAAAAAAGUUUCUGUAACCAUCAUCACCAAAAUUAUUAUAUUCAUGAGGCUACGAAAUCUCGUUUGUUGUUAAAUUCAUGUAAUAUCAUUAUGUUAUUGAAUGUACCCCCACUUCUCCCCGCCAAACACUGCUGACGUCACCAUUCCCUUCUUUCUUGUGAUAACUGUAAGGCCAUGCCAAAAUAUGUUGUUUUUCAUAUCAGACUUUAUGACAGAAAUUAUUAAUGUUACUUUGUUAUAAACUGUUAAUGUUACACUGACAAUUAUUUUGUCUUCAAAUGUAUAAAUAUAAAGCAAAUAGGCUUAAAUGUAUGAAAUAUCUCUUUAAAACAAUUUCAGCUUAUUUUGAAUGGCAGCCCCAUAUAUCUACCUGGCCAUAUAAGGCUUCAUGCUAUUUUGAUGAUUUAAACUAGAACAUGUUAGUGUCAAAUAUAGUUUUCUAUUUAAAAAUAUUACAUUACAGAUUAAAGUAUAAAUGUAUUAACAAGUU